AAAGGAGACCACGACCACAAACAAAGGAACGUCUCCUUCCUCCCCUCCCCGCUCGUUAUUGGCCUAUUGGCCUCGCUUUGAUAAAAGCCACAACUCUCCUCCUCCGACCUUCCAUUGCUCGCCUCGCUCCUCCGCUCCCCCGCCGCCGCCUCCGAUGGCCUCCACGAGCCCUAGCCCCGCCUCCCUCUCCACGCCGCUGCUCUCGGGCUCCAUCGCGCCCGCCCGCGCCGCCAACGGGCACGCCAACAACCACCGCCACCACCACCGCGACGACAGCGACGCCGCGGCCUCCGUGUGCGACGCCGGCGGGGACCCGUUCGCGUUCCUCUCGGAGGAUCGGCCGCCGCGGGACCGGGGCGUGUCCCCGGCGGACCCGUUCCGCAACGCGACGCCGGCGUGGGGCGGCGGCGUCUACGCGUGGGCGAGGACGCUGCUCCUCCUGCCGGUCGCGGCGCUGCGGCUGGCGCUGUUCGGGCUCUCCAUCGCGAUCGGGUACGCGGCGACCUGGGUGGCGCUGCGCGGGUGGGCCGACGUGCAGGACCGGCCGCGGGAGGGCGCCGGGCCCAUGCCGGCGUGGCGGCGCCGACUCAUGUGGAUCACGCGGAUCUCCGCCCGCUGCAUCCUCUUCUCAUUCGGGUACCACUGGAUCAGAAAGAAAGGAAGGCCUGCUCCUAGGGAUCUCGCACCUAUAGUUGUUUCCAAUCAUGUCUCGUACAUAGAACCCAUAUUCUUCUUCUAUGAAUUGUUCCCAACCAUUGUUUCAUCUGAGUCUCAUGAUGCCCUACCGUUUGUUGGAACAAUUAUUCGGGCGAUGCAGGUUAUAUAUGUUGAUAGAUUCUCACCAGCUUCUAGGAAGGCUGCUGUAAAUGAAAUAAAGAGAAAGGCAGCUUGCAAUAGCUUCCCACGGGUCCUGUUAUUCCCUGAAGGCACCACAACAAAUGGGAGAUUCCUGAUUUCUUUCCAACAUGGCGCAUUCAUACCUGGCUACCCUGUUCAACCUGUUGUUGUCCGUUAUCCACAUGUGCACUUUGAUCAAUCAUGGGGAAAUAUAUCGUUGUUAAAGCUCAUGUUUAAGAUGUUCACCCAGUUUCAUAAUUUUAUGGAGGUAGAGUACCUCCCUGUUGUCUACCCUCCUGAGAUCAAGCAAGAGAAUGCCCUUCAUUUUGCAGAGGAUACCAGCUAUGCUAUGGCACAUGCCCUUAAUGUUUUACCCACUUCUUAUUCAUAUGGUGAUUCAAUGAUCAUGGCACGAGCAGUAGAAGCUGGAAAGGCUAAUUGCUCAAAUUACAUGGUACAAAUGGCUUGGGUAAAAGAUAUGUAUGGUGUAAACACAGCAGAAGCCAUGGAGCUAUUGGAAAACUUCUUGGCUAUGAAUCCAGAUAGCGAUGGACGUGUGAAAGCACAAGAGUUUUGGGCUCAUUUUGGUCUGGAUUGCAGUCCUCUGUGCAAGAAGAUAUUUCACUACUUCAAUUCUGGCAUUACGGAUUCGAUUACAUUCCGUCAGUUCUUGGUUGGGUGUGCACACCUGAGGAAGCAACCAUUGUUCCAGGGUGCGUGUGAGACCGCCUUUGAGAAGUGCAGGGAUCCUGAAACAUCCGACAUCUCCAGGGGGCAGCUAGCUGACGUCCUGCGGUUAAGCAUGCUUCUACCGUCUGAUGACGGGAUGCUGAGGCUGUUCAAGACGUUCGAUGUUGAUGGUGACGAAAAGAUCAGCAGGGACGACUUCCUUACAUGCCUUGGGAGGUUCCCCUUCCUCAUCGCGUUCUUUGCAGCCCCAAUCAAUGGGGAAGUGUACAUCGAGAUAGUCUGAAUGUGUGGUGCAGUGGCGUGUAAGAGUAAAGGCCGGAGCCUACAGACGCUGAGACGCAGGCAGGGGAUCCCUUCGUUUAUGCAAUGGGAUACCCACUACGGCUCCUCCAUUUUGAAACCCAAACCCAAAACAUCCUUAUUCUUCGCUGGCAUCAAGUGGCUAACCAGUAUAGUGCGACAGUUUUGUUCCGUUUCUUCGUUGAAAUUGUUGUUUUUAUUACA